AAAACAUAAAUUUCUCAUACUCAUAGCACCGCGCUUUUCAAAAACACAGCCAAACCCUUCAAGAUGAUGUAAGACAAUAUCUAAGGCAAGGAAAAAACUGUAAAAAUCAUUAUCUUAACUACACAAGCCCUUAAAAAUGUCUGGAAAGGUAGAUAAGAAGGCCACGUUCAGUAGAGAUGAGCUUCUUUCUUUUUCCAAAGAGGAUUUGGCCGAUCAUAUUAUGCGACUUCAGGCAAGCAAUACCCAGUUAAGAAACCUGAUAAAGAAACAGACAGAGGAAGGCAGUAAAAAUAUCCCAUCGACCUCCCAGCAACGCAAAUUUGAUUUUAAGAAACACUGCAAGCGUCACAUCCUUCUACGAAUCUUGUACAUGGGCUGGGACUAUCAAGGCUAUGCAACUCAGGAAGAUACAAACAACACAAUUGAGCAUCAUUUAUUUGCGGCUCUUAAAAAGUCUUGCCUUGUUGAAGAUAGACAGACCAGUAAUUAUCACCGAUGUGGCAGAACCGACAAAGGUGUUAGUUCAUUUGGGCAAGUCAUCUCAAUAGAUGUACGGAGUAAAUUAAAAGAAGACUAUUCUAUGGAUACUGAUCCAGCCAAGGAGUUACCAUACUGUAAAAUUUUGAACAGGUUACUUCCAAAUGAGAUAAGGGCAGUAGCAUGGCGUCCUGCUCCUUCUGACUUCAGCGCCAGAUUUGACUGUCAGCAACGAACUUACAAGUAUUACUUUCCCAGGGGCAGCCUUAAUCUGGAUGCAAUGAGGAAGGCUGCACAGUAUGUCUUGGGGACUCAUGAUUUCCGUAAUUUGUGUAAAAUGGAUGUUGGAAACGGGGUCGUAAAUUAUGUAAGGGAAAUCCGUAGUAUAAACAUAGAGAACUGUACAGGAAGUCAAGGCCAAUAUAAUUCCAGGUAUGAUAUGAUGGUCUUAACAUUGAUUGGUACUGCAUUUUUGUGGCACCAAGUGCGUUGUUUGGUUGCAAUACUCUUAUUAGUUGGACAAGGAUAUGAGGAGCCAGAAGUUAUGGUGCAGCUUUUAGAUAUAGAAACUAACCCAAGGAAACCGCAAUACAGUAUGGCAAGUGAGGUGCCGUUAAAUCUCUUCCAUUGUCAAUAUCCUUUUGAUGACUCACUUUGGCUUGUUGAUGAAGAAACAAUAAGUGAAGUACAGAGCAGUCUUCAAAGAAUCUGGACUUUUAGUUCUGUUAAGACAGUCAUGCUGACAGACGUAUUGCAACAGAUUUCAAAGCUUAAAGCAAAGGAUUCAAAUUUUGAUGCAAGUGAAGCUCUUUUGCAAGGUGUAAAAUCAAAAAUCUACAAGCCCCUACUGGAAAGGCAGACAUGCGAGAGUCUGGAAAGCCGCUUACAGCACUAUGCCAAGAAAAGAAGAUUAGAUGACUGCAAAAGUGAGAGUAAACCCACAGCAAAAAUUGAGGGAGAUAUGGACUAAAUAAAUGUAAAUUACUAAUAA